AUGAAGUACACCAUUGCCGUAUCUUUCCUUGCCGCCCUUGUGGCCGCCGAGACCAUCGAUCAGCUUGUUGCCGAGAUUCCCACUUGCGCGGUCACUUGCAUCCGUGACGGUGCCCAGUCUGUCAACUGCGAUAUCACAGACUUUGCCUGCUCUUGCGGAAAGGUCGAGCAGCUCACAGCCAAGGUCGUGCCCUGCCUUGCUUCCUCCGGCUGCAGCUCAACAGAUCAAGCCACGGUACUCCAGCUCGCCUCUCAGAUCUGCGCCCAG